AUGACAUCUACGUCCCGGACACCCUACGUGGCUGCGACGCCCGAUAGGACGACGUUCGACCCAGAUACUAUCCCAUUAUCACUCCUCGACCGUUCACCUAUCGAAAGCACGCCGUCAGUUCCUCAAGUAUCUCUCUCCGACGAUGUCGACGUUCCCCAGCACAGGUGGCAGUCCUUUGUGACGCGCACUAAACAGAUCAUUCAAAACAACACAGGCUUGCUGUUGGUUGCGUCCUCGCAAGCAUUCGGCUCACUUAUGAGUGUCGUCGUGAAGAAGCUUAACGGCUUCGACCCCCCAGUUCACCCCCUCGAGCUUAUAUGGGUUCGCAUGGUAAUUACGUGGACGUGUUGUGUGACCUACAUGUCAAUCAAGAAAAUUCAAGACCCUAUACUUGGACCCAAGGGUAUCCGAAUACUCCUUGCCUUCCGAGGAUUCUGUGGAUUCUUCGGACUCUUCGGAUCAUAUUAUUCUCUGCAGUAUUUGACGCUCUCAGACUCGACGGUUCUCCAGUUCCUGGCGCCGAUGUGUACUGCGGUAACCGGAGCAAUUAUUUUGAAGGAAGAGUUCAAAUGCAGCCAAGCGGUGGCUAGCUUGUGCAGUUUGGUUGGGGUCGUUUUGAUAGCGCGACCUCAGUUCCUCUUCGGCAGUGCAUCCGUGGACACCGUUCCUGAUGUCACGGAAGGUAUAGCCGGAGCGGUCAUAACUGCCACUCCGGCGCAGAGGCUGGGUGCUGUCGCGGCAUCACUCAUGGGGGUGUUGGGUGCUACUGGAGCCUAUACUACGAUCCGCGCCAUCGGCAAACGGGCACAUCCGAUGCACAACAUCGUCGCGUUCUCAAGCCAAUGUGUGAUCACUUCUACGAUACUAAUACUUGUUCUGAGGGUGCACAUCGUGCUCCCCACCAGCUUGUUGUUCCUUGCUAUGCUACUUGCUAUCGGAUUUCUUGGCUUCAUGGGGCAGAUGCUUAUGACAAUGGGCCUGCAACGAGAAACGGCUGGCCGCGGUACGAUGGCUAUCUAUGUACAAAUCAUCUUCGCAACGAUCUACGACCGAAUCUUCUUCAAUUCGACACCUUCGCUCCUCUCUGUGAUCGGGACGGUCAUUAUCAUGACGUCUGCCAUCUAUGUCGCGUUAACGAAGCAAAAUUCGAACGCGGGCAAAACGAAUGAGGAAUCUUCCGAUGAUGCAGCGCUGGAGGAGGGUCUUCUCUCGCAUCAGGAUGAGGAGACGGAAGAACUGAAGGAGAGCGAGACCGUCGUUUCGGAGCAGCCAGUUGAGGACACGAAGCGGCCCCUGCCGGAGGGCUCUGGCAAGUCCUCGAGCUCGUAG